AAUAUUAACUACAGGACCAAGAUGACUAUUUAGAUAUGGAACAAGAGAUUUCUACACCACCAUCUAUGCCGGAUUACAUAGAUAUUGUACAGGAAAGUGUCAGUGUACCCACCAGUAUGUUACCCAGUGCUAAAAGUAAACCUGACAGAGGACCUAGACGAGGGGCCAUGCCUCUACCUGGUGAACCCAAAUCGCAAGGCAGAAAAACUAGUGAUGACAGGAAGGCCCCUGUGGAACCACCUGUGGAGGAUGAAGAAAUCAAAGUGCCACAAAUGAAGAAAAAAGUUGGGGUUCCAGUAUUUCCAGUAUCAAAUGGUGUUAAAGAACCGGCCCAACACUCACCGGCUCAACAGUCGCCGAGACAAGGACGUUCCCUACCCCCACCUCCUGCAGUGACCCCUGAAAGGAGAGAACCCGAGAAACCACAUGCAGCCAAAUCUACAACUCCUCAAAAAGCCGAACUUACAGAGUCAGACCUUUUAAGACAGAAAUGGUACCAUGGCAACAUCAAGAGGAUAGAUGCAGAAAUCAAAUUAAAACAGCUCAGUAUAGAUGGAAUGUAUUUGAUACGUAAAAGUUCGCAGGGUAGUGAUCAGCCAUAUACAUUACAAAUUUUCUUCCAUGGUAAAUGUUAUAAUCUUCCAAUAAGGCGCAGAUCUGAUAAUUUGCUGGCUGUUGGCAAAGAGGAAAAAGAAGGUGAAAAGGCAUUUUCUUCACUAUUAGACCUUGUGAACAUGUUUAAACAGAACAUUCUUGUUUUAUCUGGUGGUGCAGAAACUAAAUUAGUGAAAUCUUUACCAAAAUCUUAGUGCUGUCACAUUAUUGUUUUAUAACCUAGUUUCUCACAUUGAAUAGAUUGCUUACAAAAUUACAGUGAUAAUUGACAUUAAAUGACAGUUAAAAAUCUAGUGAUGAUUAUUGAAAACAAUUGUUAUUAUAAAUUUAGGAAGACCCAUUUAAUUACAUUUCAGUAAAUCAUUGUCAAUGUGUAACAUCUAAACUCAAUUGUAUUCAUUAAGUUUGUACGUGGAACCCAUGUCAUAACAUUGAUGGAAAAUGACAGUGAUACUCUUGAAUGUUAAAUCUUAACAAAAUAAAAACCAUGCGUGUCUCUUUGUCAUUGAAAUAACAGUGCUUAACGAAUCUUAGUUCUAACAGUCAUGUAAUUGAAGUGUACUUGUAGUGUAUUGGUAUUGUACUUGAAGUGUACUGGUAGUGCACUUGUAGUGUACUUGAAAUGUACUUGUAGUGUACUUGAAGUGUACUUGCAGUGUACUCCGAGUAAAAUGUUGCGAAUCUCAUGGAAAUAAGCCCUUACAGAACCAGCAGUGAUUCUCUGACACUGAAGUUUGUGGAAAAUAUACCGGUUUACCUGGUAAAAUUAGUGAUAUAACAUAGGUAAUAAUACCAUAUUGAAACAUCUGUUAAUAUAACAAUCAUCUGUUGAAAGAUAAAUAUUCUGUUAGAAGAUGAAUGAUUUAGUAGAGGAUAAAUUAUCUGUUUGAAGAUAAACAUCUGUUAGAAGGUAAAUCAUCUGUUAGAAGACAAAUCAUCUGUUAGAAGAUAAAUCAUCUGUUAGAAGAGGAAUCAUCUGUUGGAAAAUAAAUAUCCUGGUAGAGGAUAAAUCAUCUGUUAAAGAUGAAUCACCUGAAGCACUGAAAAAUCAUAAUGUUUGUGCAGUUCAAAGUAAAACACAUAUAAUAUCUAGAAAUUACAAUGAGAUAUCAGAAUUGUAAAAAAAGAUAUCUAUAAAAUUAAUAUAUAUUUUGCUGUUGCUUUUUAUGCUGGGGCAGAGCCAAAGUUUUGAAUUCAUUUCAAUAAUUUUUUAGUAUUUGUAUGCUUGAUGCAGGGCCUAAAGUUUGAAAAUUAAACAAUUUGCAUAUUCAUAUUUAUUUGCAUGCUGGAGGCAGGGCUUAAAGUUUGAAUUUUCAUUAAUUUGCAUAUUCAUAAACAUUUGUCUGCUGGAGGCAGGGCCAAAGAUUUAUUUUGAUUAUAUUCAUUUGCAUAUUCAUACGUUUUUGUGUGCUGGAGGCAGGGCCAAUAAUUAAAUUAUUUAGAUACAAGUAGAACCAUAGACUAUAAAUUAUACGUUUGUGUACAUGUACAAUCAUUCCAAAUAGAACAGUUCAUUCCACCUGUAAAUAUUUUUAUAAUAUAUUUUUAUCUAUAUACAUGUAUAAUUUAAAUCAUGUGUCACUACAAAACAUCUUAUAAAUAUUUUCCCAGGGGUGAUUGAUAAUAAUAAGAUAUUAAGCUUACCACCAGGGUCUUUUAAACAGACAUCUAAUUAAAAGACUCUGUUUUUUAACUUAUUUCUAAUGUAUACAAUUUUAUUUUAUGUCUUUUUAUUUUUUUAACAGAAAGAAAAAUCAUAUAUUUUUCAAUAUGAUUAUUGUCAAAUUUUUUUCAAAUAUUUCUGAUUAGUGAUGUGUUAAAAAAUCAAACUGCAAUACAUUGUAAUUACAUGUAUUUUGCUCCAAUUUGAUGAAAGUAGCAAUUAUAUCUUGAGACAGCAUUUAACUGUUUUGUUAUUAUUAUAUAAUAACCAAUUUAACAAUGUCUUCUUUAUUUGAUUUGGAAGAGAAGAAAAAAACCUGAGAAAUUUAAUUGCUUGCAUGAUAAACUGUGAGAGAAGUUGCUGUAGCAGACAGUUUAAAUGAAUUUUUUUGUUGAGAUUGGUUGUUGUUGCUGAUGAUGUUAAUAAUGUUAACCAAAAUUUUUGAAGUGUCUUGCUUGUGAAUGCUUGGGUAUGUUUUCAACCCAUGUCAUACUAAAUUUAUAUAAAAAAAACUUGCUCAGUAUUUAAUUGAGAACUGUCCAUUUUUAGACUGAAGUGUUUUAGUAUCAAAACAGCACUUUAAAGCGGCCUUCGGCUUUUCUAUAGGUUAAAUACUGUAAUAUCUUUUUUAGAUAAAUUGUUCCAUAUAAUUGUCAAAACAAAAGAAUAAAUUUAGAAAAAUGAAAAUUGCGAUUAUAAAAUACAUAAACAACAAGGAAACCCCUCAAUUCAUCUUAUCUACCAGUCCGCUCUCUAUUUGUAAAUAAAUAAAGCGGCAAUCUUCUAUUUUUAGAAGCAAUCUUCUAUUUUUAGAAACUAACGUAACUGGCGCGCUAUAAAUAGCUCUCUGGACUUUGUUUUGAAGAAGGCUUAACAGUGAUAUGAUGCAUUUUUCCAAGAUGAUAUUACAGAAUUAAUUGUUUUGAUACAACACAGAAUUGUUUUUCCAACAACAAAAAAUCUGAAGGCCGCUUUAAAAAACCUGCAGUAUAGAGUUUGGGCUGAAAAGCGUGUUGGUCCUGGUUUUAUACCAGUGGCAUAUGUGACUUAUUAUAUGACUUCUUUAUAAGUACAAAGGGUAAGUUUUGCAUUAAAUGCAGCAAUAGAUGUUUUAACCAUUAUUUGACUGAAAGUUUGGGUGUUGUACUAUAGGUUUUUAUAUAUACUUACAUUAUUUUACGAAAAUUAUCAUUAUGUAUAAAGUAUUUUUAUAUUUGUUCACUUUUUUAUACAAAAACAUGAAAAAUAAAUCAUACAACAUCCAAUUUUAAA